AGAGAGAGAGAGAGAGAGAGAGAGAGAGAGAGAGCAUGUUAAACAAAUAUGUGUGAUUUGUGCCUCUGUUUUUUUCUGACUCUCUAUGAAGGAGGCCAAGCAGCUGCAAGCAGGAGAUACUGCUGUUCUGCCAAGUAUCAGUGAACUCGAAGCAGCAGAGCAGGAGGCAGCCCGGUUGGGCGGUACGACCGUCAUCCAUUUCCUGCACGUGGUAAUACUUGGUGCGGCACGCGUUGGAAAGACCAGCUUGCUGAAGGCGUUGCUUGAGAAGAUGCACAAUGAGAAUGAACUCAGCACACCCGGCAUGCGCACGUCCUACGCAACUACAAACAUCUCUGAUGACUGUCGAUUCAUCGAAUGCCCAGACAUGCCAGAUGCUCUGAGUCGACUCUACGUCAUCACCAUGAUGUGCAAACCAUCCACUUCGAAUCAUCCCCAAGACAAAGAGACAACACAAGAUGACAGAGAGAGAGCCCCAGCAGGAGAGGAUCCUGUGGCUGGGACCCAUGCAGGACCUAUGGAGGACAGCAGCAGCAGCAGAAGCAGCAGCAACGGGCCAGCAAUGCGCGAGGAAAUCCACGAGAUCAUCACAGGAUUUCUCAACGCAGACCGGGUAAAGUACAUCUCUGACCGGGCCAACACGCCCAACUAUACCGUCAUCACAUUCCGCGACCUUGGAGGGCAGCAAGUCUACCAAUCCGUACAGCCCCUCUUCAUGGCCAAAAACACAGCCUUCAUUGCCACAUACAACUCUUCUCUGGAUCUUCUAGAGACCCUUCCCAAGUUCGAUGAAUUUCAGGUCAGCCGGGAAGAAUGUAUCGAGCGGGCCACUCUACCGGCCAAUGCGACUCGCCUAGACCAGCUGCUCGGCUGGCUCGACAUGCUGCUGCUGAAUGCGAAAGCUGACAGCAGCACAGACCAGAGUGCUGCAGAUGAUGUGUUUGUAGUGGGGUGUCAGAGUGACAGGUGGAACAAAACCGAUUUGCCUGAUCCUUGUAAGCUACUUCAAGAGAAGAUAAAAGGUACGCGGUACCAGAACCUUGUCUGGAACGACACUUCGCACUUCAAAAUCGACAACACCAGAUCCACUGGAAGUGCAGGACAAGCAGAUGAGCUGCAGCGAUUGAGAGAGGCCAUCAUCGACCGCUGCCAGAAGAGCCAACGUAACAUCCCUGUUCCAUGGCUCCGAUUCUGCAUAUCCAUACACACGCUCAAGCAGGAGGUCACUUGGCCUUGGAUUUCCUUCAAGGAGGCAAAGUUCAUAGCGAAGCAAGUCAAGGCUGUUCCACAUGACUGCAGUGACCGGCAAAUACAGCUGCUGCUGAAGUACUGCCACGAAGCAGGCCACCUGGCGUACUUCCCAACUUUCAAGCUGAAAGACACGGUCAUCCUGGAGCCCCAGUUCAUCCUGGACUGUGUCAAUGCCUUUGUCUACAUGAAGCCUGACCGAGACAUCACAGUGCACGAAGCGCGGUGCUAUCGUUCUGGGUUCAUGACGGAGUCCCUGGCACGCAAAGCUCUCAACAAGAUGUUCGAGGGUCAGUCUUACUGCGACCAUGCUAAGGCGUGGCAAGCAGUCAGAGCAAGCAGUGAUGGGUUCAAGCUCAUUUUUGAAAUCCUAGAAUGGCUCUCAGUCCUGGUAAUUGUGCAGGAUGAGAGGUCUGCUGAGCACGAGUUCAUUGUACCUGCAGUCGUCCUGGAGAUGGGCACGGACCCGCAAACGCCUUGUUCCUGUGCCUAUGUGUCCAUGAAGCACACAAACCGAGAUGAGUUGAUGCACUUUCCCGUGUUCCUGUAUUGGCAAUGCGUGGUGGAGGUGCUGCUUAAGUCACACAAGCGCUCGGCUGCCACACUGUCACGGUGCAGCGUUCGCCUUCGCUGGAACAGAGAUUGGCCGUGGCUGCACCUGCACUAUACACGCUACGGCUUACAAGUGUACGUCGAGUGCAAGGGCCGACACGGCGGUAGCGGAAAGUCUACGCUGGAUGAAGUCCGGGCAAUCGUGCUCACAGUGGUACGGAAGUGGGGCCUGCAGGUCGAAGUGAUCAGCACAUUGCCAUGCCCCUGCGGAGAGACAUCGGGCGAGGAGUGUUUACAGCAUGGCUUAUCUACGUGCCGCGCGCCAAGCUGUGCGCACGCCUUGGACGCUUCCACCCUAGUGGCUGAAGACUACCCACUGUGUACACGUUCAAAUCCGGAUAUACAGAUGAUCCGUGAGCAGGCCAUGUUCUGGCUGGGCCUUGACCAGGAUGCAUGUGGAAAGCUGUUUGACCCGAGAUCGGCCUCUCUUCCUUCAGCAGAAGCCUGUGCCAGUGUGGGCAGUAGAAGUGGUGGUCAAGGUGCUGGUGGAAGCGGUCAUCACAGCGCUGGUGGAAGCGGUGUUCACGACGCUGAAUUCAUGUCACUUGGUGCCAUUGGUGGAAAGACACUUGAUCAGAUUGCCAACCGGCAUGCGUUUGUUAGCUCGAUUGAACCGUUCAUCGGUGGAGAGGAGAAAGGC